UCUGUCCAAUGGGCAGUGGUGCCAGUAGACUCUACAGCUCCCUGACCCAGACCCUAGUCAACAACAGCACCACUACCACCCCGCUGGCCCAUCACCAGGACCCCCAGCACCCCUCCCCCUCACAGGGGUGUCACUCUCCCCCGGAGUACCCCGCGGACCCCCUGGAGCUGCUGAGGGAGUGUGAGGAGGCUCUACGGGACAGGCCUCCUCGCCUCCUCAGAGCCUUCAUCUCCCCCGGGGAGGAAGUGGACAACAGUGCCACCCAGAGGACCAUCAGGGUUAUGCAGUGGAACAUACUGGCUCAAGCUCUAGGUGAAGGGAUGGACAGUUUCGUCAACUGUCCCCUGGAAGCCCUGAACUGGGCAGAGCGUAAAUACCUSAUCCUAGAAGAGAUCCUCACCUACCGACCUCACAUCCUGUGUCUACAGGAAGUCGACCACUACUACGACACCUUCCAGCCAAUCCUGGCCGGCCUGGGUUACCGCGGCAACUUCUGCCCCAAGCCCUGGUCUCCAUGCUUGGAUGUGGAGRGCAACAACGGGCCGGAUGGGUGUGCUCUGUUCUAUGAUGAAGCCCGGUUUGACUUGGUGGAUAGUGUGAAUGUCCGGCUGUGUGCUGUUUUAAUACCCACCAACCAGGUGGCUGUCGUCACGACGCUGCGGUGCAGGGUGACAGGCCGGCGGCUGUGUGUUGCCGUGACGCACCUCAAAGCCCGGAGCGGCUGGGAAUGUCUCCGUAGUGCCCAGGGUUCCGACCUUCUCCGGAACCUCACCACCCUCACCCAAUCACCAGGGGGUCCUUCGGGUCCCACAGGCAUCGUCCCAGACACCCCUCUCCUUGUCUGCGGGGACUUCAACGCUGUGCCUUCCGAGGACGUCUACCAACGUUUCGCCUCGUCACCGUUGAUCCUUGACUCGGCCUAUAAACGGUUAAGCCGGGACGGGCUUUCGGAACCGGCCUACACCACGUGGAAGAUCCGGCCGACGGGAGAAUGUUGUACCACAUUGGAUUAUAUCUGGUACUCUAGAGAAGCGUUCAGCGUGGACGCCGUGUUGGAUAUGCCUACAGAGGAACAGAUUGGCCCUAACAGGCUUCCGUCRUACAACUACCCCUCCGAUCACCUCUCGCUGGUGUGUGACUUCAGMUUUAAAAAGCAGGAGGAUCACAUGGACACUUUUGAUUGACAAUUCAAUGGAACGAGGGAUGGAGUGACRGAACGAGGGAUGGAGUGACGGAACGAGGGAACAGAAGCAACAUUAUCCCUCCGAGUCCGAACCCAUCUCUCUGGGGUAUGAUGACUGGAGAACAGGAAGGAAGGAAACUACCCGCUUGGUGUGAGCUUACUUUUCAUGGACUAAAACACUCUGAAUGAAGGAGAGACCGAGAGGAGUAGACUGCUGAAACUAGGCUCUAUGGUGCCUGUCUACAGUAUAGGUGUUGUUGUACCUCUGACACUGAGGAUUGCACCCUACCUGCUGUUUGUACUAUUCAACUAUACUUGUCCUGGGCAGCGACGCUCCCCAUCCAACCUGACAGAGCUUCAGAGGAUCUGCAGAGAAGAAACUCCCCAWAUAGAGGUGU